AUGACCUCCAUCACAGGAACAGCCAGGAAGGCAGGAUCGUCAUGGGGUGCAGCACUCUACCACAACUACGUACAACCUAUAUCUGUCCAAAUGAACCAGGCACCCUCACGCAGUCUCAGGACGCGAGCUGGGUUCCGCCGGAUACCAAGCGGUCAGGACCGCGCGCCCUAUGAUCGACCUGCUCUAUCCGAGUCGAUCGAAGGCACGGCACAGAUCGACAAGGCCAAGGCUUCAAUAACAAGGACGGAACAACCUACGACAGCCUCGCAUUCUGUGAUCGCCAAGGCACCUACCUCCAUCUCGACGAUAGCACCAUCUACGAGGCGAAGCACAGUUCACCAAGGGUUUCCGACUACCAAGCAUGAUAGAUCGGAUCGACCCAUCAGGAUCGAAGGUCUCGCACCGCCAUCACUCAAAGCCAACAGACCCGCCGCAUCCAAAUCGCCAUCAUUUACAGAUCAGCAGCAACAGCAGCAGGAGAGACUUAGCGGAAGCAAGAACAACAUAUCAUCAUCUUCAACGCCACCAACAUCUACACCAACAUCUACAAAGCCGGUUGCAGAAAAGUUCCCCAAGAAACUGCAGGCGUUCCCAUUCGUACCAGGCGCAACGACGAGCGAGCUGACCAAGGCUCACAAGUUUUUCUUGUCGCCCGCCGAGUUUGUCAAGAGCGCGACCGAUCUCUCGAUGAUACCCGAGAACACCAUGAUACCUGAGGUCGCAUUUGUUGGCAGGAGUAAUAUUGGCAAGUCAAGUCUGAUCAACGGUCUAGUUAACCGCAACGGUCUCGUUAAGACAUCGAGCAAACCUGGUCAUACGCGGAUGAUGAACUUUUUCAAACUGGGUGACAAGCUGUCGUUGGUCGACAUGCCAGGAUACGGAUGGAAGAGUCGAGAUGAGUGGGGCGGCAUGAUUUUGAGCUACCUCCAGAACAGGAAAAACUUGAGGAGGAUAUACAUUCUGAUGGAUCCAUCUCAUGGGCUCAAGGAGAGCGACGCCCAGAUCAUGAAGCUCCUCGACAGCUCGGGGCUUUCUUACCAAGUGGUGUUGACAAAAAUGGAUCGGCUCUCCAAGACAAAGUACAGUGCUGCCAAGGCCGAGAUUGAAGCAGAGCUAGUCAAGGGCUCGAUCUGCUGCUUCCCCCUGGUGUUGGGUGUUAGCAGCAAGACCAAGGACGGCCUGGAUGAACUUCGGGCUGCGAUCGUCAAAGCCAGCCAAUUGACUUUGUAG